GCAGCAGCAGCAGCAGGAGCCGCAGCAACAGCCCGGGUUUCAUGUAAACACGCCGCGCUCAGGGCUUUGUUUCACAUACACAUUCACACACACACACACACACUCACACACACACACACACACACACACACACACACACACACCGCUGGUAUCCCCCUUCUAGUCAUGCCAUGGAUAUUUUGUGGCAAUACCAGUUCAGGAUCAUUUUACUCGGGGAUUCGACAGUGGGGAAGUCGUCGUUGCUGAAGCGCUUCACGGAUGGUAUUUACAGUGAUGUGGCGGAUCCGACUGUCGGGGUAGAUUUUUACGCCCGCUCGCUUGAUAUCGAGCCCGGGGUGAAAAUAAAGCUUCAGCUCUGGGACACCGCUGGCCAGGAACGAUUCAGGUCCAUCACGACAUCAUAUUACCGCAACUCGGUGGGCGGGCUGCUAGUUUUUGAUCUCACCAAUCGCAAAACCUUUGACCAUGUGAGGGAGUGGCACAAGGAGGUGAGUGAGCACAUCCUGCCUCACCACAUGGUCUACAUCCUCAUCGGCCACAAGAGCGACCUUAACAAGGACCGCAAGGUGACCCGAGACGAGGCGGAGCAACUGGCGGCAGAUCUGGGCAUCCGCUACGUGGAGACGUCGGCCAAGUGCAACAGCAACGUGGACCGGGCCUUUGAGCUGCUGACCAGAGACAUCUAUGAGCUGAUGAAGAUGGGGGAGAUCGUCACCCGCGACGGCUGGGAUGGCGUGAAGAGCGGUCUCACUGCCAAGGUCCUCUACCCCACCGAGGACGAAGAGGAGCUAGCCACCGCGUCUGCCGAAAAAGGCUGCCACUGCUAACUGAGAACUCUGUGUCCACACACUGUCCUGUCUCACUAAGAGCUUGCCUCGUCUCACAGCUGUCCAUUAGAAAACAAGUCACUCAGGCUCAGCACCCUGUGAUAUCAUCACCCAUCACUCCUUCACCUUUGUGCUUCGUGCCCUCUCUGUGUGUGGGACAGCUGGGAUUGUUUUCCAACAGGGGGCUUGUGUACAUCCUGAUGUGUGUCUUAUAAACAAGUUGUAUCUCUAAAUCCAUACGGUGUAGCAUGAGCCAAGCUGUUUUUUGGCCUUGUUAGGUUCGGAAAACGCAGACAGCAUGCAGAGGUGAUCAGGUCUUGGGACUGAGAGUGUAGCCAAUAGUCCUUUUUCAGGUACAGGUGUUCAAGGUACAGGUAAAUCCAUGGACUGUGGCGUACCGUGGUCUGGCAUCACUCUCAUUUCAUACGGCACUGUUGUGGGUUUAUAACUGUCAAAGUUUGUGCAAUGCUUUGCCUGCAAUCCUGUGUGACUGUAAUAUUGUAAAUAAUAGUGAACUCUAUAGAAAUGAAAGCUAAAAGGUCACUAAAAGCUAUUUAAAUGAUAGUGUGAACAGACACAGUGCUCUCUACAAUAAGUGUCACCAUUUGAAAUCAAUGUGCUCCUCCUGCUACUGUAAGCUGUACGUGCACUUACGCCAAACUGACUUCAAUCUUUGAUCAUUCUGUGAAUACAUGAGUAAUGUUUUUGUAAAAAAAAGAAGAAGAUAGAGAAUACUUCUAGUUAAGGUGUAUACAUAAAGAUAGGAUACUGUAACUAUGGUAGGUCUAAUUUAGGUUUGUAUUAUACUGUAGCAUCAACAGGAGCAAGACAUCAAGUAGAGAUUCAUCUCUCAGUCAUCAGACCUUUAAUUAUGCCGUCAGCAAUAGUAAAGAUGUGUUUGAUUAGGAACAAAAAGGAGUUUGAGUUUCACCUGCAGCUUAGGCAAACAGCUACUUCCUUCAUUCAAAGCUCAAUGCACAAAAAUAAUAUUACAUUCAGGCCUGAGGAUGUGUUGCUUAGUUUAUGUUUCAUUCCAGAAGUAUCAGUGAGUAGGAAAUGUUGGUUUAAGUCUGGAGGAAAGUCGUCUGGCUUCCAAGCGGAAAACCCAGAGCAAGAUUUGUCAAAACCUGAGGAUGCCACAUUAACAUGGCACUGCAAAAGCUAACGCAGCAGUCCAGCAAACCACGUGAAACCCCGACACCCGGUUUGGGUUUGACAGUUCCCCCGUUCAGCCUGCUCAACAGGGCCUUAAAAGAAUUGUUCAACAUUUUGGGAAAUUCUUUUUCUUUCUAAAAGUUAGAUGAGAAAAUUUAAUGUUAGUGUAAUGUCUGUGUGUUAAGUAGGGAACUAGAUCCAGGAGGCAAUUAGCCUAGCUUAGCCUAAAGUAGGUGUAAACAGCUAGCCUUGCUCUCUCCAGCCAGCUAAAAUAACUUCCUGGUGACUUCUGAGUGAUAUCACCAUGUGUGGUAAAUUUGUUAAGACAUUAAGACGCCUGUGCUCACCAUCUGCAUCUUGCAUCCUGCUAGUCAAAGAUUUACCGAGUCAGGCUAGCUAUUUCCCCCUGCCUCUUCAUGCUAAGCUAGGCUAGUCGCCCCCUGGCUCUAGCUCUGUACUUAAUGCACAGACAAGGUUUCUAUCUUAUUGGCUAACCCUCAGACCCAAAGUAUAGAACUAUUUCUUUAAAGUUAUCAAAGUGCUUGUUCUUAAUCAUGGAAAUCUGGCAGAAGUGAUCACUUACAGUAGAUCAGCUGACUUUCAAGGGGCAGGAUUUUCAUCAACCUAAAUACUCAAGUGUAAAGCUGUUGUUUAAGUUGCUGAAAUUCUUUUCUUAACUAAGUAACGUUGACAUACCAUUGACAAAACUUUAGCAGCUGUAAUUGGAGCCUGUGAUGGUCAGCUUGCCGUUCUUAGCAGUAAGAUGUAUUUAUGAUGAAUGCAUGUCUGUGCACAUGACUUACACCGCACAUGGUGGCAGUAACUACCUUUAACACAGAGGAUCAUGUAUGCUUUCAAGUCUCCAGAGUCUUUUGACUUGCAGAGCCCAUUAAUCUGUUGUUUACCAGCCCGGAGGGUACAAUAGACUACAGUACACUUACCCUGGGAGCUCACCUCUCCUCGCACCAAUCACUCAAUCACCUUUCACCAGCAUCUCAUGACAAACAAACAAACAAAAAAAAAAAAACUUGUUCA